UGUGUUGUCAGUGCAGGGAAGCAGUGCUGAAGGCUUCGAAACAUUGUGAUAAACUCGAAAUACAAGCAUAAAGUGGCCGUGUCCCCCAUAAUAUUAGAUUCUAUAAACAUUUAGCUAUGUAUAUGCUAAGUUUAUUUGGCGUAAUUAUCGCCCAACUCGUAGUUAGCAGGGCGUUUUAUCUGCCUGGGUUGGCACCUGUGACGUACUGUGAAGAAGGAAAAACCACGGAUACAUGCAAGUCGGUGAUCAGCCUAUAUGUGAACAAACUUGACUCAGUAGAAUCUGUCAUUCCUUAUGAAUAUCAUAGUUUUGAUUUCUGUGUGAGUGAUGAAUCGUCCUCACCUGUGGAGAAUCUCGGCCAGGUUGUCUUUGGCGAGAGGAUUCGGCCAUCGCCCUACAAGAUAAGCUUCAAUAAGGUCGAAGAAUGCAAGGAGUUGUGCAAGAAGUCUUACGACCCCAAGAAGCCCGAUGAGAUGAAGAAGCUUGCCUUCCUCAAGAAGGGCAUCAUGUUAAACUAUCAACAUCACUGGAUCAUUGAUAACAUGCCUGUGACCUGGUGCUACGACGUUGAAGGAGACCAGAAGUACUGCUCACCCGGCUUCCCCAUCGGCUGCUACGUCACCAAGGAGUCCAAGGCCAAGGAUGCGUGCGUCACUAGCGCCGAAUUUCACAAACCUGACACCUAUUACGUGUUCAAUCACGUCGACAUCACCCUGACCUACCACAGCAGUACCGAUGCGGACUGGGGUUCAGUCGUUACCAGUGGUGUUGGUGGAAGACUCAUCUCCGCCAAGCUUGAACCCAAGAGUAUGAAGCACGAUCCAACCAAAAAGGGAGCUGAUGCCUGCAAGAACGCUCCUGCCAUGGCUGUCCCCGGAGAAGACAAGGCGAAAGUCGACAUCAAGUUCACAUACUCGGUGUUCUUCCAGGUGAACAACAACAUCAAGUGGUCAUCUCGCUGGGACUACAUCCUCGACUCGAUGCCUCACACCAACAUCCAGUGGUUCAGCAUCAUGAAUUCUCUCGUCAUUGUCCUAUUCCUCUCCGGUAUGGUCGCCAUGAUUCUCCUCAGGACACUCCACAAGGAUAUCGCCAGAUACAACCAGAUGGACAACUCGGAGGAUGCUCAGGAAGAGUUUGGUUGGAAGUUGGUCCACGGUGAUGUUUUCCGUCCACCAAGGAAGGGCAUGCUCCUCUCCAUCUUCCUCGGAUCUGGUGUUCAGAUCUUCUUCAUGUCCAUGAUCACACUCGUGUUUGCCUGCCUCGGCUUCUUGUCUCCUGCUAACCGUGGUGCCCUGAUGACCUGCUCACUGGUCCUCUACGUCUGCCUCGGCACCCCAGCCGGCUACAUCUCGGCCAGGAUGUACAAGAUGUUCGGCGGCGAGAGGUGGAAGACCAACGUAAUCAUGACUGCUUUCUUCUGCCCUGGUUUCGUGUUCAGUUUGUUCUUCAUCAUGAACCUGAUCCUCUGGGCCAAGGGUAGUAGCGCGGCCAUCCCGUUCGGAACACUUGUCGCUCUUCUCGCACUGUGGUUCUGUGUCUCAACACCCCUUACCUUCGUUGGGGCUUACUUUGGAUUUAAAAAGAGGACUGUUGAGCACCCAGUCAGGACCAACCAGAUUCCUCGCCAGAUUCCCGACCAGUCAUUUUACACGAAACCAUUGCCAGGCAUCUUCAUGGGCGGUGUCCUGCCAUUUGGAUGCAUAUUUAUACAGCUGUUUUUCAUCUUAAAUAGUAUAUGGUCUCACCAGAUGUACUACAUGUUUGGAUUUCUCUUCUUAGUCUUUGUAAUUCUAAUUGUCACCUGCUCUGAAGCCACAAUCCUCCUGUGUUAUUUCCAUCUCUGUGCUGAGGACUAUCACUGGUGGUGGCGUUCGUUCCUGACGAGUGGCUUCACCGCGUUCUAUCUCUUUAUCUACUGCAUCCAUUACUUCGUGGCCAAGUUAGAUAUAGAGGGCGCUGCCAGCACCUUCCUCUAUCUCGGUUACACCACGAUCAUGGUGUUCCUAUUCUUCUUGCUGACAGGUUCCAUUGGAUUCUUUGCGUGUUUCUGGUUCGUCUCUAAGAUCUACAGUGUGGUCAAGGUGGAUUAGAGAAAACGAUGGAUUAUAAGAAGAUACAACGGAUUAAGAUAGACUUUGUCUCGGAUAUGAGGCUGUGGAUCAUUUAUGCAUCAAGUUGGUGCAGAGUUUAGAAAAGGAGUUGCCCAUGCCAUCGCUGGGUUGGCAGACAAUGUGUAUAGGUCGUUCCAAUAUCAGUCGAACAAACGUAAGGGGUUUGUGUGCAGCUGUAACUAGCUGCUGUCUCAUUAUAAUUAUCGACUUUGAUGGGUAUUUGGAUGUAGGUGAACAGGAGAAAGAAAUGGGGUGAAUUAAUGUUAGUGUUUACGAGACUAUAUAGCCUAUUUAUGCUGCUUCAAGGCUCAUUUAUUGCGAGAAAAGACCAGUGUAUUUGGCCUUGAUGAUGUUAAAGCAAAAACACUUGCGUGAACUUUACCUCUCAGAUCUUUCAAGUAAGUUUAUCUGGGAUGUCAAAACUACAUGCACUUUGUCAACCAUUCUCAUUCUUUUCUCAGAGUUUCAUUUAUUUAUUAUGAUGCAAUUGGUUUCAACCUAUCAAAACCAAUAGUUAUGUCUGACAAGAAUUUGAGGUGGAUUCUUAAUUGGCCUUGUUUUUAUAUUUCUGCGGCAGUAGUUAUAACAUUGUCGGUACCAAUGGUAGUACCAGUGGCAGUAGUUAUAACAUUGUCGGUACAAAUGGUGGUACCACAAUUGUUAAUACCAGUGGUGGUAUCAUUGUUAGUGCAAUUGGUGGCACUAGUGGUAGAACCAGUGGUAGUACUAGUGCUAGUGGUAGAACCAGUGGGAAUACCAUUGUUAGUGCCAGUGGUGAGCGGUGAAACCAGUGGUAGUACCAGUGGUACUACUUGUGCUAGUGAUAGAACCAGUGGUAGCACUAUUGUUAGUACCAGUGGUGUUCCCAGUGGUAGAAGCACUGGCGGUGGCAUGAAACAGGACUACAUGUAUAAAAGGGAUUAAUAUUUUUUUGGCAACUUCUGUCCAGGUACUCAGUGUUUCAAGGGUGAAAUGCUGACUAUCUACCUGAUGUCAUUGUAUUUAUUCAUUUUUUCAUUGGACAUUCCUGAUUUGCGUCCCUUUUCAUAAUAAAAGGCUGGUAAAAUGUAGAAUAUUUUAUUAGUUUUUGCUCUCUUAUAACUACUUAACCAAGAUUUACUUGACUAACACUUUAACGGUUUGAAUGUGGAAACUUGCUUCUUGAAUUUUUGUUCCCCCAAUACUGGUAGUAUUUCAGCCAGACAUCCGUAAAGGCUAGGCAGAAAUAGGCACUGUCUGAAAAGGCGUGGUGCGGUGCCCUGCUUUAAAUGGAAAUGCAUUUGCCGCUGAUGGAAGAGGACAGGGUAACAAGAGAAAAUGCCGACAGAGAAUACCCUUUAGCUGAAUCUCUACUCAAGUCCAGAACUAACUUGAAGUGGAAGCAUAGCUUGAAUGAACAUACUAAAUUCAAGAAAAAAUGGCACUACACGCAAACAAGCCCGAAAUGGCUGGGAAAAUUUGUAUUUCGCGUCAAAUGGAUCAUUCUAAGUCAUGCUUUGCGCAAUUCGGGCAAAGUAAGUAUCUUGAGACAUUUUUGACUUCGAACUUUCAGAUGAAAUAGGCCUAGAUCAUUUCUGUAAAAUAUAUGACCUGCCAUGACGGAACAAGUCGCAUGUCGCUCCGAGCUUGACAGGUUGAGACGGACUGGUUGUUCAUUUCACUGUUGUCUGCCUUUUGUGACACCUGAGUACGUCAAUUUCUUCUAUUACGUCCUGUUGUCAUUUUAGGCUCAUCUUCUGUGCGACAUAUGACUCAUUUUGACUUGGUGGGUCUCAUAUUUCAUAUUCUGUGUGAAAUCAUCAAAAAUUCGGUUGUCAUUUUUGUGUGAAACGGAGUAUAGUGUGCUAUAGUAUCAAGAAAAUUGAAACGUUUUAAAUGAUGUUUGUCUGUGACCUUUGAACACUUCAUGAUGCGUGGAUAGAUGCAGUGUAUAGACACAGUAUAUGUUGUAUGUAUUAUGCUCUAUCAACCCCUUCAUAAUAUUAUCUAAACCAAGCUUAUUGCAUGGAACACAUGCUUAUGAAAACACGUUGUAUGGAAAAUGGUUUUCGUACCCUAUUAAAGUGGAAAAAUGGUUUUCAUAUCCUGUUGGAGUGGAAAAUGGUUUUCGUACCCUGUUGGACUUGAGAUAUAUGACCUGCCAUGACGGUACACUUUUUUCAUUCGUACUCCUGUUGGAGUGGCAAAUGGUUGUCGUACCCUCUUUGAGUGGAAAUAUGGCCUUCGUUCCCUAUUUGAGUGGAAAAAAAAUGGCCUUCGUACCCUAUUUGAGUGGAAAAAUGGCAUUCGUACCCUACUAGAGUGGGAAAAAAAGGCCUUCGUACCCUAUUAGAGUGGGAAAAAAGGGUUUCUUACCCUAUUAGAGUGGAAAAAUGGUUUCUGUGCAGUAUUAGAGUAAAAAAGGUUUUCGUACCCUGUUAGAGUCGAGAAAAAAGGUUUUCUUACCCUAUUACGAGUCCAAAAUGGUUUUUCGUACCCUAUUGGAGUGGAAAAUGGUUUUCGUACCCUACGAGAGUGUAGAGGUAUUUUGUCUGUUGUGAAUUUUCUUUGCCAACCCAUUCGAUGUGACGAACGCAGUUUUUCAUGAGCCGAAAUAUGUGUGCUGUAGAAAUAGUUCUUGUCGGUAUUUGUGUUCCUGCACAAAUUUCAUUUUGAUUUAUUAAUAAAGAUUAAUCUUUAUUAAUUCUUGCUACACUGUACAUUGUAUCUAUGUCUUGAUCAGUGAUUAUUUAUGGUUGGUCCUGAGAAAUCUUACGACAGGGCCAUGUUUGUAUCAUUACCAAUGAUAUGAUUGGAAAGUAAUAUAUGGAUGAGGUGAAUGGCAUGGUGUUUUGUUGUUGAUAGAUUUGUAAAUGAUCUUUAAAAGAUUAGAAAUUAAAUAUGUGGCGUGUGGCUAAGAUAGUAGGAAGAAGUUUGCAAAUUCUGUUGACUUUGAAGCACAUGUAUUCACAGCAGCGAUGGUCAGGGGCAUAACGCUGACCUGUGACCUUUAAUCCUUUGCCUACUGAGCCACUUCCCACCUGGGACUCGAGAGCACUUUUUCCAUAAUUGUAUUUACCUGUCAGAAACGCUGUGAGUACUAGCCAUUGUGUAGUUCUAAUGGCCGCCGAAUGUUGAGACAAUACCACCAAUGACUAUUCAUAGGUUGGAGGGUCCAGGCCUAUCAAUUAGACGCGAGUAUGUUUUUAACUCUCAAGUACAUAUUUGGAGAGGUAUUGAACAAAUAUUUGCUGUGGCAAGUCUACAGAUAUAAAGAAAUUGUUUGAUGAAAAAAUUAAUUUCGAAUUUUGCUAAUUUGGUAAUAGAGGGUGUGUUUUGAGAUUUUUCUGCCAGUUGGCUGAAAAGAGUGGAAUAUAUCAAUGUCUGUCUAAUUUGUCGAUUAUCAAAAAAUUUCCGUGGUCAACUACCAGUUUACUUUUCACCAUUUACUUGCCCGACUGUCCGGAAUAUUAUAUCAAAAUUUCAGAUUCACAACCCCACGCAGUAUUUGAUGCGUCGCCGUCAAACAUUGACAAUUGAACUGCUAAAAGGCUUAAAAAAUCAAUGGUGGUCUUGCCUCUAUUUGUACUGGCAGCAUGAACCAUUAGAGUAGUUACGAAAGUUGUUAGCAGAUGGCAGUACUAUGCAUUCAUUUAAAACGUAACCUUUUUUGAGGCGUACCCAGUAUGCGUGACGUGUCCUGGGAUAGCAAAUUACUGCGUACGGGGUACGCAUUACGUAGGCAAAGGGUUAAGUGUACAGCGAUGACGUUUCAAGUGACUAAUAGCCGAUUAACUUCAGAUGGAAAUAGAUUGCAUAUACAUGUAAAUGCAUACUGUACUUUUCUUCAAGGUCUUGACGCGCGUUGUCUGGAAGCUGAGCAAUGUCAAUACAUUGAGGGUCAAGAUGCUGGUAAUGGGACUUUCCAGUGACUGCGACGGUUGAAAAUAGACAACAACUUCACUAUGAAUUACUGUGUGCUCUGUUUAAGCCAGGUGAGAGGCACGCCUGUUACAGUAAAAGAUUGGCUUAAUGUAUAGGUGUCCCUCGGUGCUGGCUCAAACUUAACACACAGCAAUUUGCCUUCCUUCAGGUGCGAGUGUAGAAGUCAACAUAGAAUUUUUUUUACUGCUAAAUAUCGACGGCUUAAUGUUUGGGAUUGAGACUUACAGAUUGAUUGUGAAAUUCUUUCAUACACUGCUAAUGAAAAAGGGAAACUGGUGUGCGAGUUUUUCUAAAUAGUCCUGUUUGUUAUUGAAUUAUUUUGACAAUAGUGUAUUAAUAGUAGUUGUACUUAGAUUCGUUUUGAGAACCAGUUCAAUUUGCCUAAUCUGGUUACAAAAAUGAAGGAAAGAAACAACUGGCUUUCUCAGAAAUCUCCACAGAUGUCAUGAUAUAUUAGUUUUCCCCAAUGUUUGAUUUUUUUUUUGGCUUGGCAACAAAUGUGCUUGAUUAUCACUAUGCUUUUGAAAAUCGUUGUAUUGUUUUAAAAACCAAUUUAAAAACUCAUUUUCAUAUCACUUGUAAAUUUCACUCUUUUCAGGUCAUUUGAAUGUCAUGUGUGGAAUAUUUUUUCUUGUUGUCACAUAAUUUCAUCACAAUGUACACAGAUCAUAAUGGUUGGGUUUAAAUGAAUUAUCUAAUUGCCCAAUUGAAUGACUUAUCUAUUUGCCCUUGGUUUUUGGGACAUUGCAAUUACAAGCUGCGUCGUAGGGCAGAAUCGGUUUUAAAAUAGACUGACCUACCGGUACAUCUGUCUUCAAAAGUUUACCACCCUUUAUUUGGGUUAAUGGGUGUGGUGAUUUAAAAGUCCUACUAGGCUUUGGAUGCACAUGGGUUAGGAGUAGGGAAUAAUAUAUUCUAUCGGGGUAAAUUUGGAUGAACUUUGUCAAUGUAAUUCUGAAUGCUUUCCUCUCCGACAUCCGUCAACUUUCUACAGAAAAUUUUUCCUCCGUUAGCAGUAGUGACAAUUGGCCUGUCAUAUCCUAGUCACCGACUUGUGCUUGCAAUCUUAAACGCCAGUGGCGUUCGUGAAAUAUUUGAAAUUUGUGAAUGAAUUUGAAAAUGUUCAAAUUGUGUAAAUAUUCACUGAAUAUAAAUUUCAACAGCGCCAUUAUGUAGACAGAUAUACAAAUGGAUACUAAAAUUCAGCAAAUUAGUCCGGAUAAUAACUGCCCUACGGCAUUAUGUAAAACUGGAUUUUUAUUUUCCGGGGCCUGUGAUUACGAACAGCGUAUCCUUUAAUGUCCUUGUACCUUAUGUUGGAUUGUUUAUUCCAUUCACUCGCAAUGCCCUCCUGGUUCACUAUGCUUGUAAUAUUGUACCUUUUAACCACAUUACGUGAUUCGGAGUAACCAUGAUGUAUAACACUAACUCUAACACUAAACUCUAACACUUUUGGAUAAUUUCCAUCAUUAGGGACAUAUCACUGAUAUCAACUGUGACCCGUUCUAGCAAAACCAGUCGUAAGAUUAGCCUAGAUGACACCAGGAGAUAAUAGAAGAAAUUGAUGUCGUCAGAUUUCACAAAAGGCAGACAAUAGUGAAAUGAACAACAGUCCAUCUCAGCCUGCCGAGCUCAGAGCGACACGCGCCUGGUUUUGCUGGAACGGGUCACAAUUGGAGACUUUCAGCCACUGUGGAUUUGUCGCAACUGUAAAAUUCUAUUGAAAAUUGUUGCGCUACCAAUCCCAUGUCGGUUAUUUUAAAAAGCAGUGUUGUACUGACUGCUUGCACAGUGCCGCCACCUUUUGCUGUGAGACUUCUCAUUCUUUCAGUGAUGAAACCAAAGUAAUGCCGAGAUGUGACAUAUCUGAUAUUUGGAGUUUUCCGUUUUUUUGCUGUUGAAAAAAGUUUAAUUUGACAACAGAAAUGGAAAGAUCAUUGACUUGGCUCUUGGCAUAGUUAUGCAAGUGAUAGCUGUUCCAACGACAACAUUUUCACGUGGAAAGUUAUUUCAAUUUUUUUGCUCUGAGCACGAUCACUGGGAAUAGAAUUCAGAAUUACAGCUAUUUAUUGAACUUUUGAAUUUAGUAAUGGUUCCUAUAAUCACUAACCUUCAUUUGAUUUAUAAAGCAUCAAUUGCAAAUUGUACGAUCUAUACUCAAUUCUUGGGUCAAGGUCAUCACAUCUAUGCGGUAUUGUAUCUCAUUAGGUGUAUCCUGCCGUCGUCCGGCAAGGUAUCGUUCUAUUGUAAAUACAGCUCACUAUUCUUAAUAA